GCGUUGAGGACGGGCGCCCCUCGGCCUUCGUGGCCCCUCCGCCGGCCAAGACUUCUCGCGAGAAGAGGACCAGGAGGCAGGGCUCCCGAGCCGGGGGCGGGGGCGGGGCCGGCGGAGGGGCGGCCUCUGGAGGGUCCGCGGGUCGCGAGGCGGCGGCGGCGGUGGCGGCUGCGAGGUUCCUGGGCAGUGUCCGGUCUCUACAUGAAGCUGCAGUGAAAGGACCCCGGCGACAGGGCCCCGCCCGCCCAGGGACAGGAUGACCAAGACGCGGCUCUUCCGCCUGUGGCUGGUGCUGGGCUCGGUGUUCAUGAUCCUUCUGAUCAUCGUGUACUGGGACAACGUGGGCACCGCCCACUUCUACCUGCACACGUCCUUCUCCAGGCCACACCCCCUGGAGCCCCGCCCCACCCCCGCGCAGGGGGCGGGGCGCGAGCUGGCGUCCGAGGUCGGGGAGCUUUUGGAGACGCUGCUGGGCACCGGCACCAAGCAGGUGGCCGCCGUCUCCGGGAAGAAGACGGAGGCGCCCCCGCCGCCGCCGCCGGCCUCCGGCAGGUCUGCGCUCAGCAACAUGGAGGAGCGCGUGAGGGGCUACGACUGGUCCACGCACGACGCCCAGCAGAGCCCGGACCCCGACGGGCGGCAGGCGGAGCGCAGGAGCGUGCUGCGCGACCUCUGCGCCAACGCCAGCUUCGUGUUCCCCACCAAGGAGCGCUCCUUCGACGACAUCCCCAACUACGAGCUGAACCACCUCAUCGUGGACGACCGCCACGGCGUCAUCUACUGCUACGUGCCCAAGGUGGCCUGCACCAACUGGAAGCGCGUGAUGAUCGUGCUGAGCGAGAGCCUGCUGGACCAGGGCGCCCCCUACCGCGACCCGCUGGACAUCCCCCGCGAGUACGUGCACAACUCCAGCACCCACCUGACCUUCAACAAGUUCUGGCGGCGCUACGGCAGGUUCUCGCGCCACCUCAUGAAGGUCAAGCUGAAGAAGUACACCAAGUUCCUGUUCGUGCGCGACCCCUUCGUGCGCCUCAUCUCCGCCUUCCGCAGCAAGUUCGAGCUGGAGAACGAGGAGUUCUACCGGAAGUUCGCCGUCCCCAUGCUCAGGAUGUACUCCAACCACAGCAGCCUGCCCGCGUCCGUGCGCGAGGCCUUCAGCGCCGGCCUCAAGGUGUCCUUCAGCAACUUCAUCCAGUACCUGCUGGACCCCCACACCGAGAAGCUGGCGCCCUUCAACGAGCACUGGAGGCAGGUGCACCGCCUCUGCCACCCCUGCCAGAUAGACUACGACUUCGUGGGCAAGCUGGAGACCCUGGACCAGGACGCCGCCCAGCUGCUCAGGCUCCUGAAGGUGGACAAGCUGCUGCACUUCCCCCCGAGCUACCGGAACAGAACUGCCAGCAGCUGGGAGGAGGACUGGUUUGCCAAAAUCCCCCUGGCCUGGAGGCGGCAGCUUUACAAGCUCUACGAAGCCGACUUUGUUCUCUUCGGCUACCCCAAGCCCGAAAACCUCCUCAGGGACUGAAGGCCUUAGGGGAACAAUGCGAUCACCAAAAAACAAAAACACAUGUGCUUGGAUUGUUCCUUUAAAACUCGCUGCAGGGUCUGCUGCGCCACCGCCAUCUUCCGAGGAUGGAGCCAUGGGUUGCCACAUAUAUUUUUUUAUGGCCUCGCUUCCCUCCCAGUUUAACACAGGGCAGAAUUCCACAACGCUCCCUUGGACGAGGCAGCUGAAAACCCUGGGACUGACCACACCCACACUCCAGUUUUUACAAUUACCUACGAUUUUGCAAUCUAGACUUAUUGUUUACUCCACUGCCUGUAUGCAUUGAGUACUGUGUUAAUAUUGUUUUUUAAGAUUAAUAUAUUUCAGAUAUUUAAUACGAGAAGGGGAGGCGGGAAUGGUGGAGUAAAGGUCUCAUCUGCUCCUUC